UCUACUAUUUAAUAGAGCACAAAGCCAUACCUAAGCCCUGAGCAUCUCCUCCGUUUCUCUUUCCCACUCUCUGCUUCUUCGCCAGUCGCAAAGCACGCUCCGUCAAGGCAACUCAUCAUGAGCAGAUCCGGCCAGCCUCCAGAUCUCAAGAAGUACAUGGACAAGAAGCUUCAAAUCAAGCUGAAUGCAAAUAGGAUGGUAGUUGGAACACUUCGUGGAUUUGAUCAAUUCAUGAAUUUGGUGGUUGACAACACUGUGGAGGUGAAUGGUGAUGAGAAAAAUGACAUAGGCAUGGUGGUAAUCAGAGGAAAUAGUGUUGUUACUGUUGAAGCUCUAGAGCCUGUAAACAGAGCAAUGUGAUAAUUGUGUUGUGGUAGUAAUGAUCUAUUUAGUAUAAACUCAUGUAUUUUGCCUGAUAUGGUUAUUGUGGGACGCAAAUCGGUCUGUAUGCAUAGAUGGAAGGCAAUAUAGGCCUUUUAAAUUUCGGUAUCAACAAUCGUAUGCCUUCUGGAAUUACUUGAUACUUCGCUUUUAAGUAGCAGACACUUUGAUUACGAAAUAUGGCUGAGGCCAUUUGGCUAUUGCUAGAGCCCGUACCGAAUUUGCCUCGCUGAAAAAUCUUAUUUUUCUGAUGAUAUGCAGUUCAGAGGCAUUGAAUUAUGUUGUCUUUCCUUUGAGGAAAAAAUUUUAUGCUGUCCUUUUUGGUAAUUUAAUUCCUCCACUUGAUGAUUGCCUGGCA